AUGAGUCAACCCCAAUAUGGAAGAGAUAUGGAUCGACCGCCAGUUGCAGGAUCCGUCAAGCGGGCGAGAGAGCGGGCUCAAGCCGGAUUCCCGAGGGAACAGUAUUCUCCGCCGAGCGCCACGAGGUUCCCGAUAAUGGAAGAAGAUCCAGACAGCCCCACGGAUGUCUCAGACCGGCGUCAAAUCGUCGAGCCGACACAAUCACGGAUACCGAGACUUCAACUACCGAAUGGCUUGCAAAAUAAAGAUGGCAGCCCCGGGCUUGCCAUCUCCCGACCGACACAAAUUCCACAGUGGCCGCUGCCAGGACCGAUUCCGUCGCCCGUGAACAACUCCGAUGCGGAACCCUAUCGACCUCCUCCGGGCCGUGGACCACCGCCGCAACGACCUCCGCGCCCAAGUAGAGUACCCUCAAUAUUGGACAGUUCCCGGGUCCAGGAUCACACUCCCGUUUUUCAAUAUACCCCACAAAGCGGACGAGAAUCAACGCUGAGCCAAGAUGUCUCAUCCGCACCGCUUACCCCGUCAUCAAGACACACGCAAUCAUCACUUUCUUCAGUCGGAUCGAUUCCAGACUUCCCUUUGCCAUCGACUCUGCCACCCGUCGCCGUGCCACAACCUGCAGUACCACCGAGACGGAGCGUAACUUUGGGUCCUCCGCCGUCCUCCCGUCGAGGCGACUCAUCGUUCUAUUCGAAUGCUUCGUUCGUCUCGCCGAUUCCCGAAGAGAGUCCUCGGUCGAGGUCCCACACCUCUUUCGCUUCCAGCGCUGCUAUGCCCGAGAGCUGGGGCAGUCAAUCCCCAGGUUUCAGCCCAGGGUAUCCAGAUGACUUCUACGAGGACGACGCGUAUUCAACCGAGGACGAAAACAGUCAAAUGAGCCGCGGUACAGGAUCGCCAUAUGGUGAUGCAGGAGACGAGAGCAAACUUGUUCGGAGUGCUAGCUUGGGCAAGAUGUCGAAGCCUUCAAUCGUGAUGAACCGAGCCCCAAGCAACGGAGACCCGAUGCCGCAGGAUGUACUCAAUGAACAAGAGUCGCCGCGGCGGUCGCCAGUCCCUCCUUUCCAGCUUCCCGUCAGUCCUUUUGACGCUGGUACAGCGUACUAUGAGGCUUCCAGCUCCUCAGGAACGGCCCCUACCACAGCAGCCACCGCCACGACCCCAUCCAUCUCGGCCAACGCCAUGCUAGGCGCUUUUGCCGCUGCCAGUGCGACGGAUCCAGCAGAAUUGAGGAAGGUUACGCCGUCCCCCCGACCGUACAACCGCCUUUCGGCCAUUCGACGACCACCCAAACUCGGACUCGACAUGGACUCAGUCAGGCAAAUGGAAUCCAGGGGUAGCAUGACGAGUUUACCGGAUCUUAUCAAACGAGCAACCCGCCUGGCUGCUUUGAUCGAUCGGGGACGCAGACCUGCCAGUAGAUUCGAGAUGGAUGACGGUACGUGGCCGGACGAGAAGGCAUUUGGGCGAGAGGGGGAGCAGCAGAUGUCUGGCGUGUCUUCUGGCGACAAGCACCAGUCGGGCCUGUCUGACAUGCUCGCUGCAUUCCCGCCACCUGCGGCCACGACACCAAACCCCCCCAACCGUGGAAGCUGGUUCAGACGAGCCUCACAAGCCUCGUGGCCACUGGCACCGGGCAGUAGGGGCAGCACGCCUCAGCCUGUGACUAGAGCGAUGGCGGCAAGAGGAUCUCCGCUGGCCAGGCUCGAAUCCAACGACGGCGAGUCUUCGACUAAGCGCCGUAGAAAGUGUUGCGGGCUGCCACUAUGGGCCUUUAUUCUCAUCGUCUUUCUCAUUUUGGGAAUCAUUGCCGCCGCAAUCAUCGUCCCCCUCGAAUUCUUCGUAUUCCGCAAAAAUAGAUCUGCUACUCCUCCAGCAGCGGAGCCGGCCCUGACCCAGUGCCAGAACCAGCUCAAGUGCGAGAACGGCGGAACAAACGUCGUAUCACAAAACGUUUGUUCCUGUAUCUGUAUCAACGGGUUCACUGGGCAGACCUGCACCGUGGCCGGAGCAACAGGCUGCACCACCACCAACCUCUCGGGGAACUCUACCUCGACUAAUUUUAGUAAUGUCACUCUCGGCCAGGCGGUUCCACGACUACUGCAACAAUCACAGACGAACUUUACGGUUCCUCUGGACGGUACCGAUAUUCUUGCGAAGUUCAACACGGAAAGCCUAUCAUGCAUUGCGCAGAACUCGCUCGUGACAUUCGACGGACGUUCCACUCGCACUGGAACUGUCAUUUCAGACACGGAUCUCAACGCCAAGGGCGCAAUUCCUGUUCAGGUCAUCACUAUCCUCCCAGGGCAAGCGGCAACUAUCACGAUUGACAUCAACGCACCGGGAGGUGUGAUCCUACCCUCGCCAGAUAUUGUUGGUGGAUUCACAACACUCACAGGGCCGUUCCGUGUCACAACCAUUCACGCUUCCAGCUCCACCAUGUGGGCUACUAUUCCAAUGGUGCCCUCACCAACACCAACACCUGAGACGACUUCCUCUGUAGCCCCGCCGGCAACUACGAUCCCGCCUACGACGAUACCAACGACAACCACGUCAGAGACCCCUCUGGUCCCCUCAGUACCAGUGUCGUCUGCGCCAGCACCUAGCCCGACCUUCACGGUCACCGAGGAGACAUUGGACUUUGCCCGUGUCUCGAUUCUUCUCAUUCUCGAGAGGCAAACCUUGAUGGCGGCGACAACGGCACAGACAGUUUUGCAGCGUUUCUUCACGACUGCGGACCAGGGCACUCGGCAGCAAAGUGGCGGCGUUACGCCCGCCCAGGCACUGAACGUGACACUUGGCGGAGGCAACUCAGUGGACCUUGUCAAUUUCCUCAUCACCAUCCCGGGAGGCAUUCAGGUUGGCCGCAAGAGCAGCUGA